UUGCAGAUAGUGGAAGAUUUGCAGACGCGAGAGACGAAUGACGGUGAUCCUGUUCAUGUGAUAAACAUCGAUAUACAAGACAAUCACGAGGAAGCGACUAUAGGAGCCUUAUAUGUUUGCGAUUUAUGUAGUAAGCUAGAAGCUUGCGAUGAUUUGGAUAACGAAAUCGAUGAAAUUCUGGCGGAAUUUGAGCAGAAUAAUAGUAGACGAAAUAUCCUGCAUACGAUUUGUUUUUAUUGA